ACGGGGAGAAGGACUCUAACUUCACGCGCUUGGGUCGGCCGGGAGUCCAAAAUGUUACCUGGUUAUAGUCCUGUAGUGCAGGCGUUCUUGGGGACUCUCUUCACCUGGGGCCUCACAGCAGCAGGAGCAGCGCUGGUCUUUAUAUUCUCAAGCAGACAGAAGCGUAUUCUGGAUGGCAGUUUGGGAUUUGCAGCUGGGGUGAUGCUGGCGGCCUCCUAUUGGUCCCUGUUGGCCCCGGCGAUCCAGAUGGCGGAAGAGUCUGGUCGCUAUGGCAACUACUCCUUCCUGCCCGUUGCCGUGGGCUUCGCUCUCGGAGCGCUGUUCGUUUACCUGGCGGACACAGCACUGCCAUACUUGGGUGUGGGCGUGGACCCCCAUGUGGCGUUGGCCCUGCCCCCCGAUGCCAAACUGGCCAAAGAGAAGCAGGAAGACCCGUUGGUCCCGCCCCCUGAUGCCGCCAUGGAGCUGUCAAUCAAGAUAGGUAGAGGCGGAGCUAAAGCCAACGCAGCAGACAACGGGGAGGUGCACCACAGGAGGCGUGGCCACAACAGCAGCAGUCCCUCCGGAGAGGAAGUGACCUCACAGCAACAGGAAGUGACGUCAGAGCAGAGCAGGAACAGCUGGAGGAGAAUACUACUGUUGAUAUUAGCCAUCACAAUACACAACAUCCCAGAGGGUCUUGCUGUUGGAGUUGGAUUUGGGGCAAUUGGAAAGACCUCCUCAGCCACCUUUGAAAGUGCAAGGAAUCUGGCGGUGGGAAUCGGCAUCCAGAAUUUCCCAGAAGGCCUUGCAGUGAGCCUGCCGCUGCGGGGAGCUGGAGUUUCCACAUGGAGAGCAUUCUGGUAUGGUCAGCUGAGUGGGAUGGUGGAACCUGUAGCGGGGUUGCUAGGCGCGGUUGCCGUGGUAUUAGCGGAGCCGUUGCUACCGUACGCGCUAGCCUUCGCCGCUGGAGCCAUGGUCUACGUUGUCGUUGACGACAUCAUACCAGAAGCACAACUCAGUGGGAACGGCAAGCUGGCUUCCUGGACGUCCAUAUUAGGCUUCAUCGUGAUGAUGUCACUGGACGUGGGACUGGGCUGACACCUCUGAUUGGCCCACCGCCCUGUGAUGUCAUCUGCACCGAGCCGGCCCAUUGGCUGGUUGAGAGGGGACUGGAUCCUGACUCCGCCCAAUAGAGGGCAGGACUUAAAUUGCUUCAUUUUUUUGGUUUUAAAUCUUAUUUUGAUGUUAUUUUUAAAAAUAAGUUUCAGUUUAAUAUCAUUUUGUACCUGAAUCAUUUUGAAUUUAAUUUUAUUUGUUUAUAAUUUGAUUUGUAUUAUUUGUAUUUGAAAUGUUCUUUUAACGUUCCAGAAAUGCAAAAAAAAAUGAAA